GUCAAACUCCCGGGGUUCUAACCUACUCACAAUAUAUACGUCCAGUUUGUUUUCCAUGCAUGAAGGAUUAUGAUUCUCCGCCUAACGAUUUUGUGAAUAAGUUUGAUUCUGCACAGUGUUCUACUUGGAAAGGUGUAUACAGGUAGCACAGAAUUCUCAAACAGCCAGAUUCACUGAAAGGAUGAUUUGUGCAAAAAGUCAUAAUAAUUCGCAACAUGUGGACUCAUGUCAAGGAGACAGCGGAGGACCAUUGGUUAAGGUUGUUGGCCCCAAAGAAAAUCGACGUUGGAUACAAAUUGGUAUCGUGAGCUGGGGUCAAGGUUGUGGAGAUAUGUAUCCAGGGUUUUAUGCAUAUGUACCAUAUUUCAUGGAUUAUAUAAUAAUGACAAUAAAAAAAAAUGAGGAACCAAGUAAAAAAGUACCAGGUACAGAGGCACCAGUUACAACAAAAGAGAUUACACCAACUACAUCACCCAGUGAAAUAGGGUGUGGCCAAAUAGAUAGCAAGUAUGCGAAUAGAGGAGAAACAAAAUCUGUGCCUGGAGAGUGGCCAUGGCACGUUAAUAUUAUUAUUACCAGAUCAGCAUGUAGUGAUUUUAUUACAUCUGCAUUACUAUUGCACUCAGGGUCUGGAUCACUUAUAAACAACAAUUGGAUUUUAUCAGCAUCAUAUUUAUUUACUAGCAUGAAAAUUGCCUUGAGGGAACAAUGCGCCAUUCUUAUUCUAGGUUCUACAAAGUUUUCAUCAUCUUCUAAAAAAGCAAGAGCUUUCCAAGCAGCCGAGAUUUUUCUCCAUCCAGAUCGCAACAUAAGAAGCCAAUAUGACUAUGAUGCUGCUCUGAUACGAAUUGGAAAACCGUUAAAAACUGUUAGAAAUGGAUGGAUGGUUGAUGAUUCUGCUCAACACGGCUUUGUGCAGUUUAAUGAUUUUAUUCGACCAGUUUGUUUACCGUGCUUAACAGAAUGUGGAAUGUCAUCCUCUUACACUGUCAAACAAUGUGUAGCUCACGGGAAAGCCCUCGCUUCCAUGUUAUCCCCAACAACUGGAAAAAGGGCGCUCAUGACUGGGGUCAAUGUGAGAGAUACAAAAGUGCUUGCAAAUAACGAUCUCGAGAAAGAUACUGUGACAAUAUUGCAUAGGGGCAGGUGUAGGCGCGAAAUGAAGAAAAUCGAUAUUACUGUGACUUUCACAGAUUCCAUGUUGUGCACUUUAUCGAGGAAAGCUGAUGCUCCAUGCUUGUCAACAGGUGGAAGUGCUUUAGUAAAACAAAUCAAAAUGGGUGAUAAAACUUGUUGGAUGCAGUUAGGUAUAGCCACUUUUGGUGGACCCUGCAAUAAAAUUUCUCCUGAAUACUACACAGAUGUGACAACAAUACAUUCUUGGAUAAAGCAGAAAAUACAACCAAAAGAAAUUUGUGGAACAGUUCCAGUGAAACAGCCAACUUCUGGCCACCAGUCAUACCCAGGGCAAUGGCCAUGGCGAGUUAGUAUAUUUGACUGGAAUCCAUUAGCUAUAAAUAGUGAUUUAAUAGUUGAACCGGUUAGCGGUGGAAUGAUUAUAAAUAAGAAGUGGAUACUUGCAGCAGGAUCGACAUUUGAAUAUAUUGACUGGCCCAAAUCUGCUAUUAUUGUAUUAGGUGCGACAGCUCUUCCAAUUAACGUUUAUAACAUGCCCGAUUAUAUGCUGAUCUAUCAACCAAAAACUAUUAUUACACAUCCUCAAUAUUCUCUCGAAGAAAAUGAUAUUGCACUGGUUGAAAUUGGUGAUCAACUGAAAGUCAAAAAUGGAAAAUUGGUGGUUGAUUCUGAUAAAACAAGUGGAGAAAUAGAGUUUAAUGAUUAUGUUCGUCCAGUUUGUCCUCCAUGCAUAAAUGAUGGUGUAAAAAAAUCGAAUACUAAAAGCUGUAGGAUGCAUGGAGAUGAUCUGGCUUACAAUGUUCAACCGACCAGCCCAGCAUAUUUUGUGGGAUUUGCUAUCCAAAAAGGUAUAAAGGGACAAUCAGUGGAAAGUGAUCCCAUGACUCUUGUGCAACGCUCUGAAAAGAUAUGCAGAGGAUCAUCUUUAAUUAAAUCAACAAAAACCAUAAUGUGUGUUAGACCAUCUCGUGCUGAUGCACCAUGCCAAGGAACUAGUGGUGAUGGCUUGGUGAAAAAGAUUAUUUCUGAUAAUGGAAUAGAAAGAUGGGUUCAACUUGGCUUUUCCAGUUUUGGUCCAGCUUGUGGAUCAAAAGACAAGCAAGGAAAUUUCAAUCUGAAUUUUUUCACUGACGUAUCUUCCUUACAAGAUUGGAUUACGAGCCAUACCGAAAAGGUUACUUGCGGGACAGCUCCUUUACAAAAGAAAGCAUCAGAUUCUGGUUAUACAUAUACAGCAUAUCCAGGACAAUGGCCAUGGAAAGCAACUAUACUUUCUAAACUACCAUUGGCUCCUGAUGGAAAUAUACAAACUAAACAAGUUGAUGGUGGAACGAUUAUCAACAAAAAAUGGAUUUUGGCAGGAGGAUCAUCUUUUGUAUAUAGUAGCUGUAUGAAAUGCGUCAUUAUUGUGUUAGGAGCGACAUCUAUUCCAAUCAACGUUAAUACAAUGCCAGAUUACAUGCAGAUUUAUCGUCCAAAAAAAAUUAUCUUACAUCCACAGAGGUCUAUGAAGGAGAAUGACGUUGCAUUGAUCGAAAUUGGCGAUCGAAUAAUGGUUGGAAAGAAAUCAUGGGUUGUUGAUCCUCAUAAACCAAAUGGAGAAAUAGAAUUCAAUGAUUAUAUUCGACCAGUAUGCCUCCCAUGCAUCAAUGAUGGCGUCAAAAAAUCUAAGUCAAAAAGCUGCAGGGCGCAUGGAGCCCAUCUGGCUCUCAAUGUUCCGUCAAAUGUGCCGAUAUAUUUUGCAGGAUUAAAUAUGAUAAAUUUCAAACAAACUUCAAAAAUGGAAAGCGAUCCCACAAGUAUUGUACGCCGUUCUGAUAAAUCAUGCCAAGGAUCGUCUUUAAUUAAAUCCACAAAAACCAUAUUAUGUGUUAGACCUUCACGUGCUGAUGCACCAUGUCGAGGAACCAGUGGUGAUGGUUUGGUGAAGAAGAUUGCUGGCGACGAUGGAAACGAACGAUGGGUACAACUUGGAUUUUCUGGUUUUGGACCACCUUGUGGAUCAAAAGAUAAAAUGGGAAAUUUUAAUGUUAAUUUUUUCAUGGAUGUAUCAACAUUUAACAGUUGGAUUAGGAGCCACGUUGGGAAAGAUAUGAAAUGGUAAAGAUUUCUGACGUCUGUGAUGAUGCGAUGUUUAAAGAAGACCAUGAUUUCAAAAAAACUGGCAUUAUUAUUAUAUCAUAUAAGGGUGUAUUUGACCUUACAAAAAUUUGUAUGUGACCCUACAAAUAUUGGUGAAAUGUGAUAAUGUUAUGUAUCAAAUUACUCACUCUUCUAGGUUUUUUUUCUAAUUUUGGAUUCUGCCAAAAGCGAUGAAGUUUCAAAAAAAAAGAACAUUUUUUAAUAAGAAGAAUUUCCACAAAACUCAUUAUGGUUGCCUUCCAGCCAGUAGAUUAGAAAGGGGUAAAGUGCAGUGUGCUAGGGAAUAAUAAGUUAUAGAGAGAAGCCAUUUUACCAUGUCAUGGAUUUUCAAAGGAAAUUAAAAUAAUAGAAUAAUAUGAUAUCUUGGGAUGAACGAAAGAAAAAGUUUGAUUUGGUGAUAGAUAACAGUGGGAAAAAAAUUGAACAGCAUGCUACUCAAACAAAAACCAUUGUCCCUACUAUUUGCUGCAUUAAAGUUCUAUUGUAUUGUACUAUCUAUAACCUAAAUUGCUGUACUUUCGUCUUUGUCUAAUUAGGCAUGAUAAUAAAAUCAGAAUGGUGUGCUAGUUAUCAAGCCAGUCCAUUGUUCCAUAUUGAAUUCGGGUGAAGUAUUCUGUGGAGUUAUUGAAAUUGUCAUCUCAUCUAUGGUGACUGAAGAUGUGGACAGUUUCCUGAUAGCUCUUUCAAUCCAAUAAUAUACAGUUCUCCCUUUCAGUGUUGAAUUCACCUUCAAAAUAUAAUCUCCAAGACAGUUACAUGUUCAAAGCAGAGAAAUUUGCUAAUAUGAUGAUAACAUAUAUUGUUUAAGUUUGGAACAAAAUUCUGAGUUUGAUUUUGAAUUUUUGAUGUCACUAGGCAGGAAAUUCCAAGCUUUUGGUCCACAUACUGCAUACUUUUACUAAAAAAAUUAUAUGCGAUUGAACAUAAGUUGACGCACAAUAUCGAAUAUGGUUUUCUAUCAGAGAGUGGUAUAGAGAUAUUAAACAAGAUGUAAUUGUUCAAAUUGUUGGGUAUUUUCGUAAUGGCACUGAGAGA